UGUCACGAAAAUCGAUCUCUUUGUGGUGACAAGUAAUGCCGCUGAUGCAUCCGUCGAGCUAGCGUUCCGUGCGAGCCUCAAUGAAUUGUGUCGGCAAAAUAGUUUUCGGCGUAGGUUACUUUUCCAUCAGUUUUGGCUUUCAGAACGAACUAGAACUCUUCGCGGAGAACAUCAUGGCUUCCAGUUCGACAACGCAGGCGCCGGAGCGUGCAGAGACUCACCCGCCUGGGUCUCAUGUUGGCCUGAUUACCGACGUGGUGCAGCAGUUCCUUUGCAAAGAGGAGCAAAUUGACCACCGGCCUCUGUGCCUUAUCGUGUGUGCCAUUCAUGCGCAGGAAGGGCGACAUUGUUGUGCGGUGACAUGUUGCACGCAGGUCAAGCGGGGAAGACAUGGAGAAACGGCCCGGCCUUUAUAUACAGCGCAUUCACUGAAGACGGGGGAAGAUGGCAAGGAUCCUUUCCUCAACAUUGCUGCUGUGGCUGUGCAGCGAGAACUGCAUGGCACGGCGCUGCACGAGCGUUUCCAUAAGUACGAGGUUCGUGACUACUACCAGCCAAGCGACGUGGCCGCAACGUUCUCGACCACUAGCCCCGACGCCCUCUGCUCGCUUCUCUUCAGCGCUUACUUUCACGCUUCGGAGAAACUGCAAUGGGCCAAUGUUUUUCGCUCGAACAACGAUCUCCAGGAUCUUGGUUUUUUUCUUGUGCCGAUGUCUUGGGAACCUGAAAAUGAAAAAUCUAGCGCAGUUUUUGGGUCGAAGCUGCUUCGUCCGCCGUUCGAUCGAGACCCCGCACCUGCGCGCGCGAAGUUUUUCGAGGAGUCGCGGGGAUGCUUCAAGUCUUUCCUCGACGUGCUUGAGUCGACACAAUUCAGCUAGCCUUCUACGAGAUGCCACAAGAGCAGACAUCAAUGAUUUUCCCUUCUUCGUCUUUCUGUGGUGCAUUUGUUCCGUGGCGCGCAGCUUUGAUUUUGAAUGCGGCUGCA